ACUCAUGUGUGUAGGUCAGGUUGCGUCACUGUUUAGGGGCACGGGAGGCCCAGAUGAGGAGGAACCGUGCCUACGUCUCCACUCCACGCCCUGCUCCAAACAGCAGUUUGGGGAGUGGGCGCCGUCUCCAUCCCAAGCCCCACUAUGUGCACGUGCGUGUGCGCAUGCGUGCGUCCCUGCCCCUGGCGUCUGUCUUCUGUCUCUCAGCCCCGCUGGCCGGGGCCUCAUGUCACUCGAUUGGUGGUGUCCGCUUGUGAGAGAUGUCACCCGGAGACAGGCGAAGGGGACGUUUUCCCUGUUUUCAUUGCUUCCAGGAGGGAGAAGGGUGGCCUUUCCCACGGGGGCAGCCUGGGGCGAUGUGGCAGCCCGGCCUCACCCCAGCAGGGUUGUGCAUGACCCCCGAGUGAGGGAAGAAAGGCUGUUGCCAUGGUGGCCUGUGCGAGGCAAAUUCCUCCAGGGUGAAGUGGGAGAUAUUUAUACCCAGGGUCAGGCCGAGAGCCGGCCAGCCGCCGAGGGCAGAAGAGCUGGGAUAUUACAGACAGCAAGGCCGUGGUGUGCAGGCAGGUGGACCCUUGGGCAUGUCCUGGCUGUCUCGUCCCAGGACAAUGGCCUCUCUCAGCCACAUCUUGGUUCUCUGUGUGGGUCUCCUCGGCAUGGUCAAUGCAGACUCUCCACAGGAACACGACCCAUUCACCUAUGACUACCAGUCCCUGCGGAUCGGAGGCCUCAUCAUCGCCGGGAUUCUCUUCAUCCUGGGCAUUCUCAUCGUCCUGAGCAGAAGAUGCCGGUGCAAAUUCAACCAGCAGCAGAGGACUGGGGAACCUGAUGAAGAGGAGGGAACUUUCCGCAGCUCCAUCCGCCGUCUGUCCACUCGCAGGCGGUAGAAACACCUGGCGCAAUGGAACCCAGCCAGGUCCUGCAUCUCUGACUAGGCUGGGGGAGGGAGAAGAAGGAGGGGGUGAAGGGCUGCAGUAGGGGGGUCUGGAAGGUUCUCCUGCUUCUCACCCUUUUCACCCCCCAUAGGAUUCCCCCUGCUCCUGACGCCUUCCACCCACCUCCCGCCUACCGCCACCUGGACUGCCCUUUGCCUCAGCCCUGCCCCUACAGACACCUCUCUGCCGCCCAGAUUUCCAAUAAAAUGUGCUUUCCUCUCUUG